CAUGUGUGAAUGAAACAAAACACAAGGCUGGGUAUGUUUUUGACAUUUUAACAUAGAUCAUAAAAUAGCAUAAUAGGCCUUUUUAUUUGGCAAACCGAAACCACAUUAAAUGGCAAAUCCUGUAAUUACUUAUGCUGCUCCCUAGGAUAACUUAAAGCUAACGUUAGCUUCCUUAUGUAUAUGCUAACUGUGCAGAAUGUUUAAGAUAAUUAAUCCCAUAUGAAUGUUCAGUGCCUCCUCCACAGUCUCACAGACAGAGAGAUGGACUUGUGUAAUCAAAAUAGUGACGCAUGGCAACAUAAACCUCGUAGAACAAGUUUGGUCUCCAUACGACUCUGUUUGUUUAUAUCUGUACAAAUGUCAACACUGUUAUAGACUACUACAUGACCAAGCCUAACUGACCAGGCACACAAGGGGAUGUGUGGGUGGACCGGCUCAACAGGCUAACACAACUGGAGGCUGGAAUGUGAGGUUUUAGAGAAGAAGCUCAGUGGCCAUUAAACGUUUUUACAGGGCCUAGAAACUGGCAGUGGAGAAGAAGAGAAAAUGAGGAGGCAGUUGCGUUUUGAGAUAGCAGAAGAUUUGCGAAAUGUACUUUUAAACGCUCCACUCUUUCUGUAUUGGCAAGUCCAUUAAAAGCAGUAAGUAAGUAAAUACGGUAAGAUCCACAACAGCGAACUCCUUUGAUUCGUCAGUUUGAUUUAUCGGCGUUGUAGUGUGGUGCAACAUUUCAAAACAUUGUGUUAAAGUCACUGAUUUACAGCUCAGAAGUACAUGUAAACGUAUGUCUAAAUCAGAUAGGGUCUUAUGGGGACUUGAUGUAUCGCCUUGUUACUUUGGCUGUAGUACUCUGUCCCAUAUUGGCUGUCAGUGUAUCUGCAGACAUCAUUUUUCAAAGUAGAGCUGCAUGCUGGCAGAGAGCCUGACCAAUGUCCUGCCAUACCCUCCUCCAUUCUGAUUCUCCUCUUCUCUUCUCUCUCUCUCUCUGUCCUGACCUGGCUCGCUUUGAUGACAUCAUAACCGCUACUGUGAGGCAAGAGGAGAAAUGGAGACUGCUUACUCAGACCAGAUGCGCUGAGAGACAGGAAGUGGAUACUAAAACCGACUGACAGCCGUACCUCACUCACUGAUAUCUGAUCUGUGCCUUCUCCUGCCUCCUGGUUACUGCAUACAGCCCACACAGUACUGCAAGCGGGAGCAGCACGAUGGAUGCACGGAUGGAGAGGUCUGCCACUGCGGGACAGAUGACGUCAACCUGUAAACUGAGGACACGCGUAAUCCGAUUUGGGCCUGCCUCCUCCUCACGUGCGCCGCGCCUGACAUCUAGUGGUCACAGUACGCCACUGCAGCACCGUCGCAGCUUUACAGAAACAGAAUAUUCAAUGAAGUAAAAGAGGAACCAGCUCACUUCAAAUUUUUCCAGACAGGACCAUGAACUGUGGAUUUUAAACAACACUUUGGGCUCAUUUCGGAUCACCAUGGAUACAUUUUUCACAACUCUUUUCAUAAAGACAUAGUUUGGAACAUUUUCAGAGAUGAGUGGAGCGGAGGGGCAGGAGGAUGAGCCCCCUGAAUGUGUGGAAGUUUGUAUAGACGUGCGCAUCCACAAACUCCAAAACCGACGUUUCUUCCUCCAGCAGUUGCAGCAUGUGACCAGGAAAGCUGAAGAUGAUGAAGAUGAAAGUGAGCUGGAGCUGGUGGAGAGAGAGCUGCAGGAGCUUCUGCAACAGAAGGAGAGCCUGGCCAGCUGCAGGACCGCCACAGACACAGGGCCCGUGGGUAUUAGUUCCUACAUCAGUAAAGUGGAGACUGAGGGGAUCUACACACUCCCCCCUUUCCAUUUCACACCGGACCCCCUGCCCCCGCCCAUGAUCAGGAACGUCCCUGAGCCUGUCCCACCAGAGGAACCACUGCCACCACCACCCCCACCACCAGAGGAACCUCCAUCACCACCGCCACCACCAGAGGAACCUCCAUCACCACCUCCUUGCCCACCUCCCCCACCUGAAGAACCACCUGUGGAACCUUCUUCUGAAGAUGACGAUAUUAAGCACAUAGAGCCGGUGGACAACCUGGGUAGGGGUGGGGCCUUCACGCUGUGCCCAUCCUGUAAGCAGGUGGUCUUCACUCAGACCAAGAAGUACAACGGAGAGUCAGCCUGGCUUAUGAGUUGCAUUGUGGGCUUUUUUUGUCUCUGUUUUUUCCCGUUCUGCGUGGACCAACUGAAGAGCGUCCGCCAUAACUGUCCCGAGUGCCAGAAGACCAUCCAUACCUAUCACCCCUUCUGAUGUGAGGUGCUCUUCGUUAAUAUGGACUACUUCUGAUGUGAGGUACACUCCACUGCUGUGUACUAUUACUGCACUUUGAUUUUAGCACCUGAAUGAGACUGGAUUAUAAUCUACAAUCUCCCCAGACCAGAACCCACCACCAUAUAUUUUAUCUCCUGUCUAUUUGCAAUGAGAGCGUAACCAUGGUAACAGUUAUGCUCAUGGAAUCCAUGUGAGCCAUAAUGGACCCUUUCUGGUAUAAACAUGAUUCACUUCUUAACUGUGAAAAGAAUGAUUCGACUUUGUAGCCAGUGUCUUGACCUUAGGGAAAUAAAAAAAUAAACAUGGAAAUGUGUGCUAAAAUGCAAAUGCAUGCUCAUGGCAUGGCAUAACGCACGUCAUUAAACAAAUGGGAUCACUUCCUCAAAGACUUAUGUCACGGCCUGAUGAAGCUUCUUCUAUGGAAAUACUGGGCUGUAUGUCUCAUUAAUAUAGUUUUAAUGUUGUUGUGGUUGUUUAUAGUACUGACAAAUGCUAUGGAAUACCUUGACUUGGUGGUAUGUUAUGAACUUGAAUCUCAAUGUAAUAAUCCAUUGCAAAUAUCGCAUUGUUGGUCUGUAACUAUUCAUGGUGCGCUAAAUGUUCAUGUGUAAUAUUUGUAAAUAUGUUAGCUCGGUAAUGACUGGUCACAACAAGUGUCAAUAAAUAA